CCUCGAUCCUUCAGAUGCCACCGGCCGGCGGGGCCAUGCCCAUGCGCGCGUGAUGCAUGUCGGUGUCGUGCCGUCCCGGCGUCACCUUCACCUCGCCGUAAAGCCCACGGCUCCACCACCCGACACCGACGACGCCCAACCAACGCCCGCGCGCCAUGAGCCACACACGCCUAAAAGCCUAGCCAGAUCAUCCCGUCCCAUGCGCCGAUGGACACGGGCGUGGCCACGGCCGCGCGCCGCCUUCUCCUCGAUGCCAGCCACGACUCUCGCGCCCACGCCCACGUCGCCAGCGUCUCUUCCUCGAGGCCGGCAGCAGCACCGCCCCCGGCAUUGCUACCAGCGCCGCAAACGUCGUUCCCCAUGCUGCUCCCGGUCUUCAUCCUCUUCGUGCUCCUCCUCUGCUUCCUCUCCAUCUUUCUCCUGCGCGACCUCCUCCACUUCUUCUCCCUCUGGCUCCACCGCCGCCGCCGCCGCCCCCGCGACGCCGGCGCGGACGCGGCGUCCGACGCAGCGGGGUCGGACCCGCACGCGCUGCGCAAGCCGGCCGGGCUGGACCCUUCCAUCCUCGCCACGUUCCCCACGGUGCGGUGGUUCGAGGACGCGGCGGCUGCGCGGUCCGCGCCGGGGGCGGCCGAGUGCGCGGUCUGCCUGUCCGAGUUCACCGCCGGCGACGCCGUCCGCCUGCUCACCGUCUGCCGCCACGCGUUCCACACGGCGUGCAUAGACUCGUGGCUCGGCGCACACACCACGUGCCCAGUCUGCCGCUCCGAACUGGGCGCGCCGCCGCCCCAGCCGGGCCACGCCGCCGUUCACCAAGAACACGACGGGGACGGUGGCCGCAUCACGAUCGCGGUCGACGAGGGACCAGGCGUAGCGGUGACGACCGCAGACCAUACGACGCCACCCCCAGCGAGCCAUGACAACGUUGGCGCUCGAUCGCGAGCUGACCGGUGACACACUAGGUGGCCAAGCACCGAGUGCCAGGUCGCCGGCGUAUUGUCAAGAUUUCUUCCCCCUUUUUUGUGAAAUUUCUGGUGUGUUGGGUUUGAGAGGAUAGCUAGCUCAUAGCAACGGAAAAAAAAUUCUAUGCAGCGGUGAGAUUCACAUUGGGACAUGUGUCUAGCACCGCUCCAUAGAUUUUUUUCGCACGGCAACGGUUCAACGGUUCAUGCAAGCAUGCAUGGUGACACACUGAUACCAUGUGUAUCUGACGACUGUAUACAUUCACAAUUACAGAUACAGGCAUGCUGAUGCGUACUACCAUUUAUGGAAAUGUAUAUACUGUAGUUUUCAUUAGCAUUGU